AUACUUAAAAUUAAAACCCUAAAAACCCAUUUUUCAUCAUUUUAUGCUUCAAAAUUCCUAUCCAGAAAGCCAAUCACUCGUCUGCGGGCACCUUCUCACCUAGCUCGCGUUGAUGGUGACGCUCAAAUUUCCAAGCCGUGGCUUCGAAUUAGCUUCACCACACUCUUCAGCGGGCUCCAUCUCUGUCGGCUUUUCACCGUUGCUGUCCAAAAGUGCUCGUGCUGAUGUCCUCUUCCCCAGGUCUCGCCGGAAAAGUGUAUGCAGUUCCAGAAGGCAUCGAUAUGGGGUUUCUUGCUCGUUUGCACCUAUGGACACCGCUAAAAUUAAGGUCAUCGGCGUCGGUGGUGGUGGUAACAAUGCCGUUAAUCGUAUGAUUGGAAGCGGCUUACAGGGAGUAGACUUCUACGCCAUAAACACAGAUGCUCAGGCUCUGUUGCAAUCUGCGGCUGAGAACCCUAUACAAAUUGGAGAUCUUCUGACUCGUGGACUUGGUACAGGUGGCAACCCACAGUUGGGCGAACAAGCUGCAGAAGAAUCAAAGGAAUCCAUUGCAAAUGCCCUCAAGGGAUCGGAUAUGGUGUUUAUAACAGCUGGAAUGGGUGGUGGUACGGGUUCUGGUGCAGCUCCUGUUGUAGCCCAAAUAGCAAAGGAAGCUGGAUAUCUUACUGUGGGCGUUGUUACCUAUCCAUUCAGCUUCGAAGGACGCAAAAGAUCGUUGCAGGCUGUUGAAGCAAUUGAAAAGCUCCAGAAAAACGUGGAUACACUAAUAGUGAUUCCAAAUGACCGUCUCCUGGAUAUUGCUGAUGAACAGACUCCACUUCAAGAUGCUUUCCUUCUAGCAGAUGAUGUGCUCCGUCAAGGAGUCCAAGGGAUAUCUGAUAUAAUCACUAUUCCUGGUUUGGUGAAUGUGGAUUUUGCGGAUGUUAAGGCAGUAAUGAAAGACUCUGGUACUGCUAUGCUUGGAGUGGGUGUCUCGUCCAGUAAGAACCGUGCAGAGGAAGCAGCCGAGCAAGCAACUUUGGCUCCACUGAUUGGUUCUUCUAUCCAGUCCGCUACAGGGGUUGUGUACAAUAUAACUGGAGGAAAGGACAUAACACUGCAAGAAGUGAACAGGGUGUCACAGGUUGUUACAAGUUUAGCAGAUCCUUCGGCAAAUAUCAUAUUUGGGGCAGUUGUGGAUGAGCGGUAUAAUGGAGAAAUCCAUGUUACGAUUAUUGCAACUGGUUUCACUCAGUCGUUUCAAAAGACUCUUCUAACUGACCCAAGGGGAGCAAAGGUAUCUGAAAAUAACAAGUCCUCUGGAAGAUUAGAUGCCUUGAACUCUCCACUUACUGUCAAUUCAUCAAACUCUACUCCUCAGGCGCAGCCUUCACGAAGGCUCUUUUUUUAGCCUCAACUUUUUGGUUCUUCUUUUUGUCCUUGUUUUUCCUCUGUGUAAUCCAUUUUGUCUAGAGGUUGAUGCUGGGAGUUUCCAGUAGCUACAAAAAUGGUCUACAUGAGAAUGUAACAGGUUCAAAUGAAAUUUCUUGAUGUCUGUUUAUGUUCUCUUGCGUAGCCAGAAAAGAUCAGCAGUAUCAUCAUAUGUUGCAAGGAUUAAACUACUUGACCAUGGUUUGGCGACAUAAAGGAUGACCUAAAUGAUGUGUUGAUGGGAAUGACACACUCACAUCGGCGACAGUCCAGAGUCCGAAUACUUCAGCACAGGAGCUUCCUGAAAGCAUCAAUGCCGACCAUAAUUCGUUGACUAUCGUGCUUUUUGUUUUUCUUUUUGUUCUUCGCUUGUUGUUAAUUCUCAUCGCCUUUUUAAUUUCUUUUAAUCUCAUAUAUUAUUUUAAUUCUAGCAUAUUGCCGCUUCGUAAUCUUGUUGGUGAAAACUGACCAUCAACAAAUUGACACCAAAAGAAAGGCGCUUCUCCCUAUCACUUUCCCUGUUUUUUUUUCUUUUCUUAUUAUUUUUCCCAGAAAAAUAAGCCUCACACAGUGACUUCAUUUUGCAAUUUUGUUAUCCUUCUGUUACAUCUGGGUACUAUGUCUGUCACAUUUAUGAUUGGCUUUAUAUUAUUGGCUAUUUCAUUUCCCA